AAGGGACGCAGUUUCUCAUCGCCCCGUCCAGAACCUUUCUCCUUCUGUCCCGCAAACCCCCGAGAGAUCACAGCAUGUUCGGCUUCGGUCACCACGGCCACCAUGGCCAGAACCCCCCUGCCCACGCUCCGGCCGCCGGCGGCGGCAACCAGCCCACCUUCAAGAUCUUCUGCAAGGCCGACGAGGGCUACUGCCUCUCCGUCCGCGACGGCAACGUCGUCCUCGCCCCCUCCAACCCCCGCGACGAGCACCAGCACUGGUUCAAGGACAUGCGCUUCAGCACCCAGAUCAAGGACGAGGAAGGUAACCCCGCCUUCGCCAUCGUCAACAAGGCCACUGGUCUCGCCGUCAAGCACUCCCUCGGCCAGUCCCACCCGGUGAAGCUCGUGCCAUUCAACCCGGAGUACCUCGACGAGUCCGUGAUGUGGACGGAGAGCGGCGACGUCGGCAAGGGCUUCCGCUGCAUUCGCAUGGUGAACAACAUCCGCCUCAACUUUGACGCCCUCAACGGCGACAAGGACCACGGCGGCGUGCACGACGGCACCACCGUCGUCCUCUGGGAGUGGGCCAAGGGCGACAACCAGAGCUGGAAGAUCCUCCCCUGGGGCGAAGAGGCCUACGCCGGAGGCAGCGCCAACGCCCCCCGCGGCGGCUCCACAGAGCCCACCGUGCGCAUCUUCUGCAAGGCCGACGACGGCUUCAGCGCCACCGUUCGCAACGGCGCUGUGGUCCUCGCGCCCACCAACCCCCGCGACGAGUACCAGCACUGGUUCAAGGACAUGAGGCACAGCAACCGCAUCAAGGAUGAGGAAGGCUACCCGGCCUUCGCCCUCGUCAACAAGGUGACAGGCGAGGCCAUCAAGCACUCCCAAGGCGAGGGUCACCCGGUGAAGCUGGUGCCAUACAACGCCAACUACCAGGACGAGUCAGUGUUGUGGACUGAGAGCCGCGACGUGGGCGCCGGCUUCCGGUGCAUCCGCAUGGUGAACAACAUCUACCUCAACUUUGACGCUCUCCACGGCGACAAGGAGCACGGCGGCGUGCGCGACGGCACCUCCCUCGUGCUGUGGAAGUGGUGUGAGGGCGACAACCAGCGCUGGAAGAUCCUCCCCUGGUAAACGUGUCAUGCUGCUGAAGCUGAGUUGAUCGCCACCGUGACCCGGAGUUUGGUAGAGAUCGGCCUGUGAUCUGUUGCCGUGUCGGUAGAAUAAAAGUCGUGUGCGGUCGGCGGUGGUGAUGUGUCCGUGAGUGUGUGUGCUUAGUUUCUGUCCUGUCGUUGUGUCCUGCUAUGGCGAGCUAUCCGAUGUAAUAAGCAUUUGGCACUUGUGCUUGUUUUUCAAACCAUGGAUCCGUGAUGACAACCUCUGUACUGUGGUGCAAUCCUUCCAUCUAUGCGAAUGGUCUUUAUUGUC